AUGAACUCUCAACCGUCACAAGUUGAUGGCCACGCCAUCGUCGCCGCCGCCAAUCUAUCGGAGCACAAGCGUCUUAAGCAUCGCGAGUACGUCAAGAAAUCUUACAAGAAGAAACUUACGACACUUGAAAAUCUUCGACGUGAAUUAAAUGUUCUAGAUAAACAAUACGCAUCCAUGUUGCAUUCAGGAACUGGUAAUUAUCUGCAUCGGCAGCAGCCGAAUAACGACAACGCCAGCUUGAUGAUUAGCACGCAAGAGACACCAACGAUGCCGAAAUAUCUUCAAGCCACCGAACUCAAGCGAUGGUAUCAACAAGAAAAUGAACGAUUGUACCGACGCAACGCGAGUCAUAUGAAGGUUGAGAGUCGCAUGGGGCAGUUGCUUGACGCCUAUGAAGCAGCCAAAUUGCCUGUGCCCGAAGUCUCCAUUUCUCGUCGGUACCUCUUCUCCCCGCUAUCUACAGCUGCUUAUAACGAAGUGAUCAAAGAGGGAACGAACGAGGUGCUUUCCUUCGCACGCUGCACGAAAAAGCUAAGCACAGGUGCUCGAGUUUUAGGGUGGACCGAUCAGCGUGAGAUUCACGAGCACUCGCUGAAGUUCGCGUUACAGAAAGAGUUUGGUCUCUCGCCUCGCGACUUGUUGCAAAGAAGCUGGUCGAUAUUCUCGAACCCGAUGGAUUUUCCAAAGAUCUACGGCACAGCGCUGAAUGCGCAGUUUCAUGUGCUACAACGCGUCGAUGAGAGCACGAUUCUUUUUUACCGAUGCAUUGCGCCACCAGAGAGCAAUCGAACAGUUAAAACUGUUUUUCUGCUUGCAAAGAGGCCAAUUCGCGAAGGUUUUUUGCUGCUCUUUCGGUCCAUUGAUAAGAACCUUUUGCAUUUCAGAGAGGUAGACGUCAGCGGUUCCCCUCAGGUCCAUGUUGAUUCGAAUGCUGCCGUCAAAUUGAUGUCCUCUGAAAUGUGGGUGGAUAAGUUUAUCUGGACCCUGUUUUACAACGUCCCGAAUGAGCCGAAAAAGUGUUUGUUCGAGUUUGGCGGAUCCACCACUACUACACUUUGGCUGCAAGAAGUAUUAUUUGUCGCGGUUCGAUGGGAGACCAUGGCCGUGGGCUCACAGUUUUCACUUACAUCCGAAUAA